AUGGUUUGUUUGAGUCAUUUUAUUAUCAUUGCUUUUUUUGCAACAUUUUCAGUUGCUCAUAAUAUGAAAUUCAAAAUCUAUGGAGAAUCAACAGUAUAUUGGGCGUGUAUUUUUCAGACAUUUACUACUGCUAAAUUUUGUAGUAAAAUGGGUGUCUAUUCAUGUAUUUGUUCCAAUCAGAAUGGGUUAGCAACAUUAGCUGGUUGUAUGGCUUAUCAUAAUAGAAAUUCAACUAAAGUAAUUAAAGCUGCCGAAGAUAGUUGUUUCAUUGAUGGAGGUACGACUCUUUCUAAGAACUGGUUUGAUGAAUCUUACCAAUACUACCUUGAACAUGCUGUUGAAUUAAGUGAUAUACCGAAUUUUAAUUUCAGUGUCCCCAUUGAUGUCCCACUUAAACUUAACACAACCAUGAUUCUAUUGACUAAAGGUGCAUAUGAUCAAUAUUUAGGCAACUUUGAUAAUUCGUUUUAUUACGGGGCAGGUGCUUUGGGUUAUUGGUUAUUGGUAAUGAUAAUUGAAGGCGUUGUAAAUUGGACAAAAUUUUUAUUCCCUAUGUUGGUUAAUCGAUUAACAUUUGCUCCCAUAACCUGGUGGAGAGAAUAUGUUUCCAUGCCAGCAACAUUUAGAAAAAGAAAGGCACAGCAGUGGCCGUUAUUGAAAUACUUUGAUUGUUUGAUACCAUCAAGAUACGAAUCGUUAGUAAUUCUUGGAUUCUAUGCUUAUGUUAUUGUAGUUCAUUGUAUUAAAAUUCACUAUGUUGAAGGGCUGGAGGUAUUUGAAAGCAAAUAUGAGUUUCUAAUUCGAGUUGUUGCCGAUCGUACAGGGAUAGUUGCAAUUGUUAUGAUGCCAUUGGUUUUCCUUUUUGGUGGUAGAAACAACUUUAUGCAAUGGAUAACUGGUAUGUCCUAUAAUCAGUUUAUGACUUAUCAUCGUCAUAUAUCUAGAGUAAUGUUUGUAUUAGUUGUUCUUCACUCGGUUGCAUUCACCAUUGAGGAUCGUGAUUAUUAUAGUCAAUGGGCAGCUGAACCAUAUUUUUACUGGGGAAUUAUUGCUACAGUUGCAAGUGGAUUGAUAAUGAUUCAAACAAUACUUUACUUUAGACGGAAUUGCUAUGAAAUGUUUUUGUUCAUUCACAUAGUUAUGGUUGCCAUUUAUAUUGUUGGUACAUGGAUUCAUGUUGAUGAUCUUGGUUACGUUUGGUUCUGUUAUGCUAGUAUUGCACCUUGGUGUUUUGAUAGAUUGAUUAGAAUUGUUAGGUUGUUGUGGUUUGGAUUCCCCAGAGCCAAAGUUACCUUGAUGACUAACGACACUAUUAAAGUUGUUAUCUCUAAACCACGGUACUGGUAUUCUAUUCCUGGUGGUUAUAUAUUUAUUUCUUUCUUCCGUGUUUCCUGUUUCUGGCAAUCACAUCCGUUUACAAUUGUUGAUUCACAAGAUGGUAAGAAUAUUAUUCUUUUCUGUAAAGUCAAAGGAGGUAUGACACAUGGGUUGUGUAAAUAUUUGGCUAAACAGCCAGGUCGGACUGCUUCUAUUACUGUUGCCGUUGAAGGUCCAUAUGGCCAUCCAACACCAGCUAGAGGAGCCGAUACGACUGUGUAUAUUGCAGGUGGAAAUGGUAUCCCUGGUCUUUAUUCUGAAGCUACAUACAUGGCAAGAAAAGUACUGCCGAACUCCAAGAAGAUAAUUAAAUUGAUUUGGAUUGUUAAAGAGUACUCCUCGUUGAUUUGGUUCUAUGAUGAACUUAAACAGUUGAAAGAUACUAGCAUACAGACUACCAUUUAUGUUACACGUUCAGAGGUGUCUACUAGUAGUGACGUUGAUAAAAAAUUAGACAACAAGGAAUGUGAAGACGACGACAAAGAAUCCAUCAAGUUGAGAUUGGCUCAUAUUCAGUUUAAUGAAGGAAGGCCAUCAAUUGAAGAUUUGAUUGUUGAUGAAAUUCGUGAAUCUCAGGGUUCAAUCGCCUUUGUUACUUGUGGAAACCCAACAAUGGUUGAUGAAGUUCGUUAUUUCACGAGCCAUAAUCUCAGUAAUUUGGACCAUAAAAGAGUUGAUUUCUAUGACCAAUUACAAGUCUGGGCUUAG